CUGCCUGCCUUGUCCUCCAGGACACUACUGUGAGAAGGAGAGGCUGACCAAAGUGUCUGGAAAAUGCAAGGCUGGUUGGUUCUGUGUGUCAGCAGCAUGGAACUCCCAACCUUUUGACCUGGACAAUUACACAAAUGCCAACUGUCUUUGUCCAGCUACCUCCACUGGGGCGCUGCCAGGUGGGGUUUUACUGCCCCUUAGGUAGCCAAGAGCCCCUUCCUUGUCCACCCGGAGCCUUCUGUAACAUCUCAGGUUUGGCUCUGCCAAUGGGUCCCUGCUCCCCUGGGUAUUACUGUGUAGGAGGAGCCACUGAGGCCAGACCAACAGAUGGAGAAACAGGCAGCAUCUGUCCACCUGGGACAUACUGUGUUGUGGGCUCAGGAGAGCCAGAGUUGUGUCCAGCUGGUACUUUCUCCCCCGUGCCAGGUCUAACCAGUGAGGCUGGCUGUCAGCCCUGCACCGCAGGUUUCCACUGUGGAGGAGCAGGUCUCAGGGCUCCAACUGGACCUUGCAGCCAAGGUUAUUGGUGUCCUCCUGGUCAGACUGUGGCUACAGCUCUGCCGUGUCCUCCAGGCCACUUCUGCUUACGGGGUAGUGCAGCUCCAGAUCCCUGUCCAUCAGGAACCUACCAGGACAGAGAGAAACAGGCAGCCUGCACUGUCUGCGAGGCAGGUUACUACUGUGAUUUGAGACUAGGCAAUGCCUCCUUGCCGAGGCCCUGCCCUAAAGGACACUACUGCCCUGCAGGUACAGCCCUGCCCAACCAGCACCCCUGCCCCAAAGGCUCCUUCAACCCGAGACAGGGCACACAUAGCCUUGCUGGCUGCAUGCCAUGUGCUGCUGGACUUUACUGUCCUUCUGUGGGACUGUCAGAGCCAGCAGGACCAUGCCAUGCUGGUUAUUGGUGCAGAGAGGGAGCAUCUUCUCCCAGCCCACUGGAUGGACUCUCAGGUUCCCUCUGUCCGCCCGGUCAAUACUGCCCCUCAGGCGCCACAGCUCCUGUGGCCUGCCCUGAAGGAAGCUGGUCAAACAGCUCAGGCCUGCGUAUCCAGGAGGACUGCCAACCCUGUCUGGGGGGAUUUUACUGUGACUCUACCGGCCUCACUAAACCUAGUGGACCCUGCAGUAAGAGCUAUUACUGUGUAGAGGGAGCUGUCACAUCCACCCCUACUGAUGGCAUUACAGGGGGACCUUGUCCUGAGGGUUUCUAUUGCCCAGAGGGAACUGUUCAACCUGUUCCCUGUGAUCCAGGGACAUAUGUCGCUGUUACACACGCUACUCAGUGUGAGCCCUGUGUGCUAGGCUGGUACUGUGUGUCUGGCUCUCUGUACUUGUGUCCUGCAGGUUUUUAUUGCCCAGAGGGAACUGGAUUUGACUUGAGAGGCUGUCCGGAGGGAACUUACGGCCCUGACCCAGGCUACUGGUCUGUCUCUCAGUGCAGGCAGUGUGACGGCGGCCAUUACUGCUCUUCCAGAAAUGGCACAGCUGUCACUGGACCAUGUCAGGAAGGAUAUUACUGCUCACAUGGAAACACCUCUCCGCAACCUCUCUCACAGGCUGCAGGAGAGGGAGGGCCAUGUCCUGCCGGUCAUUACUGCCCCCAGGCCACCAUCCAUCCUCUGCCCUGUCCACAAGGAACAUUCUCUAAUCUCACCAAAUUAGUCUCCCAGGAGGAUUGCCAGCCAUGUCUCCCUGGUUACUAUUGUGAUGCUGUGGGGCUCUCAUCCCCUUCAGGGGAAUGCUGGGACGGUUUCUUCUGUCUGGAGGGUGCAGAUCGUCCUGACCCUCCUUUGAGAGACAGUCGGGGAGGACCGUGCCCAAAAGGUUAUUACUGUUCUGAGGGCUCUGUGGCUCCUCAGCAGUGCCCCCUGGGAACCAUCAGUACAGAAGAUGGCCAAGCCAGCUGCAGCAACUGUCCCCAGGGUUUUUAUUGUCCAGGCAGACGUAAUGGCUCUCUGUCGAGGAGUUACGAGUGUCCAGUGGGCCACUACUGCCUGGCCGGGACUUGGUCCAAACACCAGUACCCGUGUCCAGCUGGAUCCAUCAACCCCCACACUCGGAUGGCAAAACCCCGGGACUGCUUGCCCUGCCCUCCAGGCUCCUUCUGUGCUUCCCCUGGGAAGGGUGUUGCAUCAGGCCAGUGUAGUGCAGGGUACUACUGUCUCUCUGGGGCCUGGUCACCCACACCAGAGGAUGGAGGGACGACAGGUGACAGAUGUCCUGAAGGUUAUUACUGUCCCCAGGGCUCCUCAGCACCACUGCCCUGCCCCAUAGGACAUUACAGCAACAAAACCAGAAACAGUCAUCUCUCCGACUGCCUGCCUUGUCCUCCAGGUUUCCUGUGUGUCACCAGAGGGCUCUCUUUCCCUUCUCAUAUUUGUCCAGCUGGCUCUUACUGUCCAGGUAGAGAAAACAGCAGCCAGCAGUCCUCUAUACCCUGCUCACCUGGAAACAUGUGCCCACCUGGAUCUGAUAGACAGGUUCCCUGCUUACCAGGGACCUACCAAGAUUUACCUGGACAGGCAGAGUGUGUUAAAUGUCCAGCAGGAUUUUACUGUGCCGGCUCAGUGGAUACUGACACUGGGCAUGUGUCUGGGACUCACACUCCCACGCUGUGUCCUAAAGGACACUAUUGCCCACCAGGAACGCAGUCUGGUGUUGCAUUCCCAUGCCCAGCUGGUGCCUUCAGCAGGCAGAUGGGGUUGUCCAAUAAGUCGGGCUGUGAGCUCUGCCCUCCAGGGAGAUAUUGCAGUUCCUCUGGACUGGCUGCUCCCACUGGGGUCUGCUCUCCUGGUUACCUCUGUAUCCACGGUUGUGCUUCUGCCCAGCCAGAGGAGGGCCCGACAGGAGGCCGCUGCUCUGCAGGGUCCUAUUGCCCCCAGGGUACCAGCUAUAUGAUUCCCUGCCCAGCAGGCACCUUCAGCUCUAUAGAAGGGGCAGUUUCUAUAGAAGUAUGUCAGUCCUGUGUGCCUGGCCAUUACUGUGCUGAGGUUGGCCUUUCCUCCCCAUCUGGACCCUGCGACCCAGGUUUCUACUGCACAGAGGGAUCCAGAACGGCCACACCUCAGGGCAAUACCACAGGAGAUACCACAUCUCCAUUCCCACUUCCUGGCAAUUCAACCCUGGGUCAGUUCCAUGGUGAUGUGUGUCCUGCAGGCCACUAUUGUCCUAAAGGGAGUGCAAAGCCAAGCCCUUGUCCUCCAGGUACUUUCUUGGGGAGGUCUGCGGCCGAGUCUGAAGCCGACUGUAAAGCUUGUUACCCGGGUUCUUAUUGCCCCUCGUGGGCUCAGACCUCUGUCGACCUCCUCUGUCCCCCAGGGUGGUUCUGUCCGCCGGGAUCAGUGUCUGGACAUCAGCCAGGAUGUCAAUGCCCGCCUGGCCACACAUGCCCACAUGGUAGUGCUGAGCCGGCCAUCUGUAGCCCUGGCACUUUUCAGUCUUCCUCUGGACAGUCCACUUGUAUCACCUGCCCACCAGGUUUCUACUGUAUGGAGGGUUCAUCUGUGCCAUCUCCGUGUUCGAUGGGCAGUGUCAGUCCAUCAGCUGGCAGGACGUCCCUGACUGACUGCUCCCCCUGCCCCUCUGGCUCCUUCUGUAACAACAGUGCUCUGACAGAAUCGUCUGGACCCUGCAGCCCAGGAUAUUUUUGCUCCAUGGGGUCCACUGAGCCUUCUCCUGUCUCCCAGCCUUACGGAGAUGUCUGUCCCAUGGGGCACUUCUGUCCUCAGGGUUGUGGGUCACCCAAACCCUGUCCUGUUGGCAGCUUCCUCCCAGAGCCUGGAGCUUCCUCUCCAUCUCACUGCCACCCUUGCCCCCCAGGGAAAUACUGCCUCAGUUCUGGAGCCUCCCAGCCCACAGGACUGUGUUUUGCAGGUUUCUUCUGUUCUGGAGGUGCCAAUAGCCCCACGCCCCGAGCCAACUCCUCUUUGUUCAGCUGUCUUUGUGAAAUACUGGAGGUUUAUACCACAAAGGCAGGCACCGCCUUCUGGAUGCACAAUCUGUCCUGCUUCAAUAACUCCAGUAAUUCUGGGAGGGACACUAGCUGGAUCGAAGUGGUAGUGGCGCCACCGGCAGAUUCAGACCAUCUUGUGACUCACCCUCCACCAUAUCUCAAGAGUCCACAUUAUGCAUGUUCCACCUACAGAGGAGAUAUAUGCCCCAGGGGUUUCUAUUGUCCCCUAGGCUCUGCCUACCCACAGCCCUGUGAGGCUGGCUCUUACUGUAACCAGACUGGUUUAGAUGCCCCAGCAGGGCCCUGUGCUGCAGGCUAUUACUGCCCCAAAGGCUCUUCAGACCCUAAUGCUUUCCCUUGCCCUACCGGACACUACUGCCCUCUUGGAACUCCUCUUCCUCUGCCCUGCCCUCUUGGAACCAUAAAAAGUUCCGUUGGUGGAUCUACAGUCGAGGCUUGUCAGCUGUGUCCUCCGGGUCACUACUGCCACCAGAGAGGUAUAGCUGAACCAAGUGGCCAGUGUGCAGAAGGCUACUACUGUCCUGAGGGACAGAGCUCUGAGAGACCACAACAGCAUGUCUGCUCAGUGGGACAUUGUUGUGAGAAGGGCAGUGCCAGACAGACAGCCUGCCUUCCAGGCAGCUACCAGCUCAGACAAGGCCAGGGCAGCUGCGAGACAUGCCCUGCUGGUUUCUAUUGUCAAGAUCAAGGAAUGACGCUCCCACUUCCAUGUGAGAGAGGAUUUUAUUGUCCCAGUGGAUCAACAAAUCAACAUCCCUGUCCAGCAGGAACCUAUGGAAAUACAUCAGGUCUGGUUGAGGAAUCGCAAUGCUCACUGUGUGACCCUGGGAUGUACUGUAAAGGAACAGGGAGGACUUUCCCCAGUGGGCCAUGUGCUGCAGGAUUUGUUUGUGUUUGGGGAGCCUCUGAACCUUCACCACUAGACAGUCUGAGUGGAUUCCAAUGCCCUCCUGGCUUCUUCUGCUUUGUGGGGACAUCUGUACCAAAACCGUGCCCUAAAGGAACAUUCAGUGAGCAGAGCAGGCUUGUGGAUGAGUCUCAGUGUCGUAGCUGCAGUCCUGGCUUCUACUGUUCAGAGACUGGCCUGUCUGCAGUCUCUGGACCCUGCCUGCCAGGUUUCUACUGCCUAGAGGGAUCCCAUACUGCUACUCCAAUGUCAAGUGUAUCUGGAGGUGUUUGUCCAGAAGGCCACUACUGUGCAGAGGGCAGCAGUGUGCCCUCACCCUGCCCAGCUGGCUCUUACCAAAAUGAGACUGGAGGAAAAGGCAAAGAUGACUGCAAACCAUGCCCUUUUGGCUGGUUCCAGGAUUUAUCAGGCCAGAGAGAGUGUAAUCCCUGUCCUCCUGGGUUCCACUGCCAGUCCCUGAGUCCCAGCCACACUAGCCCUCUGCCCUGCCCUGCUGGCUACAUCUGUCCCAGGGAAAGUCCAGACAGGCAGCCUCUCCCCUGCCCCAAAGGCACCUACAGUCCUAGUCAGGGUCUCACCACCACAGGUGAGUGCCUAGUGUGUCCAGCAGGUCAGUUUUGUGGGUCUGAAGGUCUGGUUGAGCCUUCAGGAGUGUGUGCUGCUGGAUUUCUUUGUCUGAUGGGUGCUACAGUACCAAACCCGACUGACAACAGAACUGGAUCUCUCUGUCCACGUGGAAUAUUCUGCCAACAGGGGCUAAGAGCAGGUGAUUGCUGGGCAGGGUUUUAUUGUGACUGGGGCUCUAGCAGAGCAGAUGAGGCUCUGUGCCCAGCUGGGUUCUUCUGCCCCAGUGGAACACCAGUCCCCAUGCCUUGUCCUGCAGGGACAUUUAGCUCUGAGACAGGCAACACACAUCACGACAACUGUACCACCUGUACCCCUGGAUAUUACUGUCAAGUCGAAGGUACUGUACAGCCUGCACUGUGUCCCUUCGGAUACUACUGUCCUCCAGGACUGACUGUAGGAUUGCAGUUCCCUUGCCCACCUGGCACUGUGCUGAGCCAGCUUGGAGCCUCCAGUCCAGAGGCCUGCCUGCCUUGCCCUGCUGGAAUGUUCUGCUCUCAACCUGGUCUGUCCCAGCCAACAGGACUCUGUGAGGCCGGGUUCUACUGUCCUGCUGGAUCAACCAGUCCUAACUCCACUGAGUAUCAGGGGAAUUCGACCAGAGGCCAUAUUUGUCCUUCUGGCCACUUCUGCCCCUCUGGCACUGGCUAUCCACUCCCCUGCCCCACAGGAACUCUUUCCAUCUCCCAAGGACUGAAGCGCAUUGAUGAAUGCCCACCCUGCCCUCCAGGACUGUUUUGUGACAGGCCUGCAAUAGCAGAGCUCUCAGAUGCUCUCCCGUGUCAUGCUGGGCAUGUGUGCUUGGUUGGAAGCACCAGUCCCACCCCGCCUGAUGGUUCCCAUGGCUAUCUCUGCCCUGCUGGCCAUAGCUGUCCUAUUGGCUCAACAAGUGAGGUGCCCUGUCAGCCUGGCACUUACAGUCCUGCCCCUGGAGCAGCCCACUGUGUAAUAUGCCCCAAAGGGACCAUGUGUUCCUCCUCAGCCACUGAAGAGCCCUCUAUCUGCCCAGCUGGUUAUUUUUGUCCUGCUGGGACAGCCCUGCCUCAGCCCUGCCCUCUAGGGACUUUCAGCAACCAGACAGGAGCCCAUUCUUUCUCCAUCUGCACACCCUGCCCCUCUGGAGUAUACUGUAGCACAUAUGGAGCCUCAACACCACAAGGUUCUUGUUUGCAGGGUUAUUUCUGCCAAGGUGGAGCCAUGGAGCCAACGCCGCAGAGCUCUGACUACUUCCCCAGGAAUGGCCCUUGCCCCGUGGGCCACUACUGUCCAGCAGGGUGCCUCUCCCCAAUUCCAUGCCCUCUUGGCAGUAUUGGCAACACCACUGGAGGUGUGUCCAUGGAGAGCUGCACUGCAUGUCCUGCAGGUCACUACUGCUCCACUGAGGGUCUUGCCAACCCCAGUGGCCCCUGUGCUGCUGGUUUCUUCUGCCCUUUUGACUUUGCUUCAACCACCCCGUAUGCCUUUCUCUGUCCCAAGGGCCACUACUGUCCAGAAGGCUCUGCUCUGGCCCUGCCUUGUCCCACGGGAGAGUACCAGCCGAACCCAGGCUCAGAUAGCUGCAUCCCAUGCCGACCUGGAUUCUACUGUGAGGAGGCCAUAGUAGGAGAGCCAUGGCCAUGCCCACCACACUCAUUCUGCCCUGCAGGCACCAUGGUGCCUCAGCCCUGCCCUAAUGGGACAUACACUCAUUCAAACCAGGGAGGGCUACAAGAAGAGAGAGAGUGUUUACCAUGCCCUCCAGGGAAGUUCUGCAGGGCUGGAAGGAUCCAGGGUGUAUGUGCUGCAGGCUAUCUUUGUGUUUCUGGGAGUGCAGAUUUCACCCCUCAGGGACCAAUGUCUAACUUGACCCAGUGCCAGUGGGGCAUGCAGUGUGCUGGUCUAUGUCCACCAGGUUUCUACUGCCCUGAGGGCACAGAGGAGCCUGUGUUGUGUCCUGCAAACACUUUCAGAACUUCCCCAGGAGGUGCCAGCAAACAAGACUGCUUAUCCUGCCCAUCUCAGCAUUGGUGUAAACCUGGAGAGCUAGUCCUUCAUCUGUGUCCUGCUGGUCAUUACUGUGAUGGUGUAUCUGGCAGUGACUUCAGUGGAGGGACAGGACCCAGACCAUGUCCUCUGUACACCUAUCGAGUUUCCCCUGGAGCAGGCAGCAAGGGUGACUGUCUGCCCUGCCCUCCUGGUUCACACUGUAACAGCACAGGGCUUACAGACUACUCCAACAGUCCCUGCCCACCUGGUUUCUGGUGCAGUGGUUCUGGACCCCCCAUCCUCUGCCCUGCAGGCACUAAGCGACCCCUUCCUGGAGCUGCUUCACCCACCCAGUGUGAACCCUGUACAGGCGGAACCUUCUGCCCAGAUCCUUGGGCUACAGGAAAGCCCAAUGUAGAGGGGAUCCCCUGCAGGGCCUCCUAUGAAUGCCCCAUGGGUGCAGUCUCAGAGAGGCUGUGCAGAGCUGGCUCAUACUGUGGACCUCAGACUGCAGAGCCCCAAGUCUGUCCUGAAGGUUAUAUUUGUCCCGAGGGAUCCCAUUCAUACCAUAACCCCAAACAACUCUGUCCAUUUCCCUACUACUGCCCAGCCAACAGCUCUGCCAUGAAGUCCUGCGAAGGGGGUUCCAUGCCUGUCAACACCAGCGGACUCAGAGGAUCCAAAAACACCUGCUGUAGUUUGUGUGAGGGGGGCACCUAUCGUCUGUACCUCUCCUCCAUCCUACAAUGCCUUCCAUGUCCACCAGGAUACUUUUGCCCCCCAGGUACAGAGCACUACAAAAACAAUCCUUGCCCUCUUGGGUAUGUCUGUCUCAUGGGAUCCACUCAACCAGUACCCUGCCCCCCGGCUCCUUUGGUAACCUCUCUCAUGCUGAAACAAUGGGCGACUGUCACCCAUGUCCAGCUGGCACCUUCAACCAUCUGCCUGCUCAGAAGGCCUGCUUUCCCUGUGGCAGCUCUUCCACCUCACUAGCAGGUUCUUCUUCUUGUACCUGUAUUGGUAAGAACCGAGCAUUCCAGCACUCCGAUGGUUCAUGUUUGUGCAGAACUGGUUUUAUCUUCUACAAUGAACUGGAUUUCAAAAGCUCUACCUCUGACAGUGAAUUGGACUGC